AUGCUCAGAACGGUGGAGCCUCGAGAUGCGCGGGUGGAGUCGGGUGGUCGCAGUCCCUGGGCAGCACCACCCUCGCAGUCCAAGCGGCUCACCUCCUUCCUCAUCCAGGACAUCCUGCGGGACCGCGCGGAGCGGCGCGGGGGACACGCGAGUAGCCCGCAGUACCAGCGCCAACCAGACAGGAGAAGGGAACCUGCGCCAGAGCCGGAGGAAGCAGGAGGUCGCGGCGUGGCUCUAGGGGACCCGCCAAAUAUCCGACCCAGCCCCGCAGAGACCCCGGCUGAACCCGAGACAGAUGGGCAUUUUGAGACCUAUCUGUUGGACUGUGAACACACUCCAGGCGACUUAUCAAGCACCCCCCAGGGCCCCAAGCAGCCUCAGAAGCGCUCCAGGGCUGCCUUCUCUCACACUCAGGUGAUCGAGCUGGAGAGGAAGUUCAGCCAUCAGAAGUACCUGUCUGCCCCUGAAAGGGCUCACCUGGCCAAGAACCUCAAGCUCACCGAAACCCAAGUGAAAAUAUGGUUCCAGAACAGACGCUAUAAGACGAAGCGAAAGCAGCUCUCCGAAGACCUGGGAGUCUUGGAGAAGACCUCGCCUUUGUCUCUGCCAGCCCUGAAAGAGGACAGCCUGUCCAGGGCCUCCUUGGUUUCCAUGUACACCAGCUACCCCUAUUACCCGUACCUUUAUUGUCUGGGCAGCUGGCGUCCAACUUUCUGGUAACAGUUCAGACGACAAGUUCAUAGAUCAGAAACUGCCUUCCCUAGGGGUCUCUGGGGAAAACAAAAAACAAAAAAACACCAGAAUGGCUGAGGUCAAGGAGUCGGGAGCAAGAAGUGUGCAGACCCAAACCGGUUGGGGGUUCCCAGGCAAUAUUCCAGUUCUUCUCUGGUGGGCCAGUGAAAGACCUGGGGCAGUGGCUAUUUUUAGUAUCUAGUCACAGUUUCAAGUGUUCUGUAGGUCACCGCUCUCUGCUCCCUGUUUGGAGAGAGCCAGACAAGUUUGUCCGUUUCUAGAACUUAGAGUGACUUUGGAUGCAACGGCUACAUCGGAUCCUAAGAAAAGUCUUUUGCUGCAAACACCAUCCUCUCCCAUAACUGUGCAUCAUGGAAGGGCCAAGCAAAAGGGCGAAGGCCCCCUUAGAUGAGGAUGUCCUCUUGAAUUAAACUCGGGUUAAAAAGUC